AGCAAAGAAUAAUUCAUCUGCGUCCUGACCAAGAGCGAGAGCGAUCCCACUUUGUUGAUAAAACCUCGGGUCUUGAUAUGGAGGUUGUAGAAAGCCAGUUGUUACUUGACUGGCUUGCAUUCCACUAUCGAACCUUUGGGACGACUCUUGAAAUAAUUACAGAUAAAUCUCAGGAAGGAGCCCAAUAUGUCCGCGGAUUUAGUGGGAUUGGGGCAUGUCAAAUCUGUGCAUGUGUCUGUGGAGAUGAUAUUCCUUAA